CCGAGCGAUGCAGGAUAUUCUCACAGGAUGUGAUGGCUGGACAGCAGCCGGAGCCGUGAGAUGUGGAGGGAAGAGUCAGCUGAGAGGAGCUUUUGGCUUGCGGUGUUCGCUCGGUUAAUAUCGAUCUGUGAGUGGGUGGGUGUGCGCGGCGAGGAUGUGAAAUCAACAUGGUCAGGAGGCACUACGAAGAUUAGUCAUCAGCUGAGAGUGAGCACCAUGGCCGGCUUCCAGCUGCUCUUCCCGCUGUUGGUCAGCUGCGUGGCGGCAUCCACGCAUCCUCCCCGCCACCUCCCUACAUGCCAAGUUGUCCAGAUGGAUGUGUUUUGCAGCGAUCUGAGCCUUAGAAGUGCCCCAGUCAACCUUCCUCAUGGCGUCCAAAUGCUGGACCUUUCUCGUAACCAGGUGCAAAAUCUCACGCAGGAAACUCUAGCGUACCACACCGGCUUCCAUCAUCUGAACCUUCACUCUAACAAGAUCCACUUCAUCCAGCCGGGGCUCUUCAAAGACAUGACUGAUCUAAAAGUCCUGGAUCUGUCCAGGAAUCAUCUGAAUGUUUUCGCUCUCUCCAAAAUCAACAUUGGGCCUCUUACAGCUGUAAAGUCACUUGAUCUUUCAAGCAAUGGGCUGUACACAGGAAUGUCUGACUAUUUCCUGGCUGAUUCUCCAUCACUGGAAAACCUUUCCCUCAACAGCAACAGCAUCACCAAGAUAGCACAAGAUACUUUCAGUGGAUCCUCGUCCUUGACGAAAAUCAGCCUCCACAAUAACGUCAUCUUGGAGAUCGAAGAUGGAGCUUUUGACUCCUUGAAUCAUCUGACUGAACUCGAUUUGUCCAAAAACUCAAUCACGUGCAUCACAGACUUCAAUCUGCGUAACUUACAAGUGCUCAAUCUCAGCAAGAACAGCUUGGAGCUUUUCCAAAGCACGAAAUCAAAAGACUCCUACGACCUUGUGCGUUUAGACCUGAGUGAAAACAAAAUGCAUUACUUUCCUCUUCUCCCUAGAAACAAUGUGCUUGAACACCUGGACGUUUCACGAAACCAACUGCAGAGCGUCAACAUCACAGGAAGUCCAGGAAAAAAGACAAAUGUUUUUUUUAAUCACCUGAGAUACUUGGAUAUGAGUUACAACCAACUUAAAAGCUUACCAGAGUCCUUUUUUUACUGUAUGGGAUCUCUCGAGGUCCUGAACGUGAGCAAUAACUGUAUCAGCUCGUUUUCUACAACAAAUGAAGGUCUCCUACAGACAGUGAAGAUCAUCAAUCUGAGCUAUAAUUCACUGCAGAGUCUGACGUUUGGAGAAAACACUCUGCCACUGCUGGAAGAGCUCUUCUUACAAGGCAACGACCUCACCACCCUGGACCAUCAAAUAUUUCAAAGACUUCCAAGUGUCAAACACCUGCAGCUCCAGCAGAAUAACCUGCAAAUCUGUGCCUCAGACCAAAACCACCAGGAUCCUCCAGAUUGUGUUUCCUUUACUUCCACGCCAAACUUGCAGUACCUGAACCUCUCUGAAAACAAUCUAAGGACUCUGCCUGCAAAUGCUUUUGCCAACACCCCUCUGAAGUUACUGGACUUGUCCCUGAACCCGGGCUUAGACAUGGACAAAGACUCUCUCUCUGGUCUGGAGCAUUCCCUGGUUCACCUCCUCCUGAGGGAAAACAACAUUUCCAAUCUAAACACAGACCUGUCAUCACUGAGGAGUCUCAAACACAUAGACCUGUCCACCAACCAGCUGACCACUCUGCCUAUGUGGAACAAAGAGUCCUCCAUUGAGUCACUAAACCUGCAGAACAACAACCUGGUCACCCUGGAGUACAGCACCAUGCUCGCUCUGGAGCACUCACUAAAAACCCUUUACAUGGGCUCCAACCCUUUGAGCUGCUGCAGCAACCUCGGCUUCCUCCACAUGGUGCAGCACUCAGCUGUGGUGGUUCCUGACAUCGCGACUGUGACCUGUGUUCACGAGGAGUAUUCGGAACCAGUCAAUAUCGAAACCGUGACCCAGGAAAUGUGUCACAGAGCAGGCAUCCAAAACUAUAUCAUUGCUGUCGUCCUCGUAGCGUUACUUGUGAUGAUCGUGCUGGGGCUGCUGGUUAAAUGCUGCCAGUCAAGGAAACGAAAGCACAACCGAAGCUUUAGCGCGUAAUGUGAAUGAACAUGUAGGGCCAUGAAGGAAUUAACAUUUGGGACUUUUCCAAUAUCUGUUCACAAGGAGGUUGGUGGUUUCAACCAAAGACAGUCAGAAAACAUGAAUAUAGCAUCUGAUGUCACCCAAAGUCUUCUGAAGAGACAAUUUUAAGCCUAGAUUUGGGUUUCCCACUACCAUCUUUGCUACUAGAGGGAAUUAAUCCAAAUUUGGUCAAAGGCGAAGAAGCUGGGUGAAACUGAGAUGCCUGAGAGGCAACCACAACAAAUGGUCAACAUGUCAAGACAACAUGAUGCCAUGCCACAAUAUCCCCUAGAUGAUGACUAUACAAUAGACAAACAAUUGACACGAGAACUUCUUGUGAAAAAUAUUUGUCUCCUUCUAUUUCGAAAGAGAAGUUUGGACUUUUUAAAUGGACUUCUUGCAGUCAGCAGUCUAGUGGCCAUUUCAGGAACUGCAACCAUAGAGCCUUAUGGCUACAGCAGGGGUGUUUCCUGCGUGGUGUUACUAUCAAGCCUCAUGCUAACCAUCAUUUUAUUGAAUGUAAAUGAAAAAUCCACACUAAAGCAUUUCAACAUGUUGACAUUUUUCUCCACUGACAGACCACACUGAAAUACAGAUGGAAAAUGUUAAAGGAAUAGUUUUACUUUUUAGGAAACACCCUCACUUGCAUUCUUGCUGAAAGUUAGAUGAGAAGAAUGAUACCACUCUCAUGUCUGUAAAUUAAAUAUAAAGCUACAGGCAGCAGCUGGCUAUCUUAGCUUAGCACAAAGAAAGACAACAGGAGGAAACAUCUAGCUAAGUUCUGUCCACGGGUAAUAAAUCUACUCACAUAUUAAAAUUUUGUUUAUUUUGUACACAGUAACUCCAGGAAGUUACUGCAGCUGAGAAAUAGUACAUAAUAAAACUGCUAUGAGAUAAUGCGUUAAUUAUUCUUGCAGAUGCUGGCAGAUUUUGUUACCUUUGGAAAGAUUUACGGUUUCCCCCGGCUUCUAGUCUUUAUGCUAAGCUAAGCUAACCGGCUGCUGGCUGUGGCUCCAUAGUUAUUGCACUUUUCAGCAAGAAAGCAAAUGAACACAUUUAAGGGUCAAAUUAAAAAGAAACGUUCUGGGAAAUGAAGAUAAAUAGUGUGGAGUGGAACAAAGUCAGACGUCUUCACUCAAUGACAUUCAGUCAAAUUUCCCUUCAAGCUAAGAAUAAAGAACAUAACACUACAAAAGGUCAUGAAACAAAAUGCUCUAUUGAUGAAUGAUGAAGUAUGAUUAGAUGAAGUAUACUGUGUGUAGGUUGAGAGUCGUCUGAGAUAACUCUACACUGUCCACAAGAGUUUUUAGAAAGCAAUCAAAGCCGUCCUUUUACCUUUUUAUGUAAUUUGCACUUUAUAUUUUCUCUGUGUCUCAUUUUCUCAUUUGUGUGAUUGUGUCGUGUUCUGUGACUGUUAACACUAAGAAAUUAAUAAUAUUUUUAUUACAAAAACUAAGAUGGACAUUUUAAAUGGUAUGUUUUCAGUACUGAUCCCAGGCCUGUAGUGCUCCCCCCGGACACAAUAUCUAUUGAUUUGAUAUGACAAUGUUUCAAAAUGCUUUGAGGUUGAAGAUAAAAGUUGGACUAAGCACUGACUGUGACACUCAGAUACAGAAAUAAAAUAAAGAUACUGUAUUUUUCUAAAUAAAGACAUGAAUAUGAAAUCCAGCGCUGUAAUGUAGUGGGCUACACUGGGAUCUACAGUUUCAUGCAUAUUUAAUGUGUUUAUCCUAAAGGUAUUAUUGUUAUUAUCUACAAGUCAAGUUAUCUUUUCUCAUCCUGUGAUGUUAUUUUGUAAUGUAAGCAAUAUUUUGUACCAAAUGAAUUUUCUACACUUAAACACUGUGUGAGACAUUAUUUGUGUAACAAAAACAUGUAAACCUCUGAACACAACAGCCUAGUUUAAGUUUCUUUUCUCCUCAUUAUUCAGCUAAGGCCCUGAAAUGAUAUUUCACUCUGUACAUGUUUCUAAUGUUCGGAGUUUGGCAGGUUUCCUGCAGUUAGACACAGACUAUGGUUACAUGUUUUUCAAUAUGGUGAUGAUAUGGCUGAGCUUUCUAGCAGAGAGUUAGAUGAGAAUAUUGAUGGCACUGUAUGGCUGUCUGUUGAAUAUAAAGCUAUAGCCAGCAGCCAUUUAGCUUAGCACAAGGAUUGUAAGCAUGGGGAAACAGCUUGCCUGGCUUUCCAAAGGUAAACCAAUCUGCCUAACAUGUAAUUUAGAGACAUCAGAAACAGGCUAGCUUAAAAUAAGCUAAUUGUCUUACAUACAGACAUGAGAGUGGUGUCAAUCUCAUUUAACUCUCUGCGAAAAAAUGUAUUUCCCAGAAUGCUGAACUAUGUCUUUAAGCACACUGUGAGUGCAUGAUGAUAACUAUCACAAUAAAAAGCCAGCAAGGAAGUCUGUGAAGAAACAGCCCUCAACGACAUGAGAUUAAACUGAAUGUAAUUUUCUAACAUUUGUCUCUUGAUUACUGAACUUUUGUCUGCCUCGGACAGUCUAAUAUUAGUUUUUUGUAUAUUAAUAAAUUCUUCUUCUGUUAGAGAUAAGCC